AUUGGCCACAAAAGAAGUCUUUUACACAUGCGCAUAUGCUGAAAAGGCCGCAGUAUAAAUAUAAAACUUGCUUGUCUCCACUUCUUGGCUAGUGCUCGAAGGUUCAGCAUGGCUAACAAAACAUAUUGGCUGUGUUGUUUGUUACUUCUUGGGAUCGCUUUUGCUCAGGACGAAGAGGGAGGCGAUGAAGCGACAGCAGAUGAGCUCUGUGAAAAUAGACCCGCAGAUGAAUAUUUUAGAUUGAGCACGGAAGGCGACUGCAGGGAUGUUGUAAGGUGCGACAAAAAUAGUGACAACAACGGCGCCACAAGAUUGGCGUCUGUUCGAUGUCCAAGUGGUCUAGCCUUUGACAUUGAACGUCAAACUUGCGACUGGAAAACGAAAGUGCACAACUGUGAUGUGAUAGAAAAACCACGCAAAGUACUGCCCAAUUUUAAAACGGACGAGCCCAUCUGCCCUGACGGAAAAUUGUCUUGUGGCAAUGGUGAAUGUAUCGACAAAGAAUUAUUCUGUAACGGUAAACCCGAUUGCAAGGACGAAUCUGACGAAAAUUCUUGCACUGUGGAAACUGAUCCAAAUCGGGCUCCUGAUUGUGACCCCACCCAAUGCGUUCUCCCUGACUGCUUCUGUUCCGCUGAUGGUACCCGAAUACCUGGACAACUGGAACCUGCAAACGUCCCACAAAUGAUCACCUUAACUUUCAACGGAGCCGUCAAUGUCGACAACAUCGACUUGUACGAAGAAAUCUUUAACGGAGCCCGCGCUAACCCCAACGGAUGCCAAAUUAGAGGAACCUUCUUUGUUUCCCACAAAUACACAAACUAUUCUGCCGUACAAGAUUUGCAUCGACGUGGUCAUGAAAUCGCCGUUUUCUCACUAACACACAAGGAGGAUCCCAACUACUGGAGUCAAGGCUCAUAUGACGACUGGCUUGCCGAAAUGGCCGGUGCUCGUCUCAUCGUUGAGCGUUUUGCCAACAUUACCGACGGUUCCAUCAUUGGAGUUAGGGCUCCUUACCUUAGAGUCGGCGGCAACAAACAAUUCGAAAUGAUGGCCGAUCAGUUCUUCGUCUACGACGCCUCCAUCACUGCUUCUUUGGGCCGUGUACCCAUUUGGCCAUACACUCUUUACUUCAGAAUGCCCCACAAGUGUAACGGCAAUGCCCAUAACUGCCCCAGUCGAAGCCACCCUGUCUGGGAAAUAGUAAUGAAUGAACUUGAUAGACGUGAUGACCCCACUUUUGAUGAAUCCUUACCUGGUUGUCACAUGGUCGAUUCUUGUUCCAACAUUCAAAGUGGUGAACAGUUCGCUCGUCUCCUCAGACACAACUUCAAUCGUCAUUUGAACAGUAAUCGUGCUCCUCUUGGACUUCACUUCCACGCUUCCUGGUUGAAGAGUAAAAAAGAAUUCAAAGAAGAACUCAUCAAAUUUAUCGAAGAAAUGUUGCAACGUAAUGACGUCUAUUUUGUAACCAACCUCCAGGUCAUCCAGUGGAUGCAAAAUCCAACUGAAUUGAAUGGUUUGCGUGACUUCCAAGAAUGGAAAGAAAAAUGCGAUAUUAAAGGCCAACCUUAUUGUUCCUUACCUAAUUCAUGUGCAUUAACAACGAGGGAACUUCCAGGAGAAACGCUCCGUCUUUUUACUUGUAUGGAAUGCCCCAAUAAUUACCCAUGGAUUUUGGAUCCCACAGGAGAUGGCUUCUCUGUUAGGAAAUAAUUUAUUUUAUUUUUAUGUCUUAAGAUUGAUCUGUUUUAAUUUAAAAGACUUUGUAUAUAGCUAUCUAUAAUCAAUUUCCUAUUGCAACUUUUGAUAAUUAAAUAAACAAAUAUAGUUAAUAACUUGCCACAAGCUGUUAUAAACAAUAAGACUACAGAUGUGUUAUGUAAUGAAAUUUUGUUAAAAAAUAAAAGACAAAACCCCACUUUUUAAAAAAA